AUUUGCACCGACGCCUAAGGUAGAGAGGUAGAUACAGAUUACACAGGGAGAGAGAGUGUCUGGUCGGGAUCAUCCCACCAAACACCACAUCUCUUUACAACACAAAUUCAAUCACACCUCUAAUCUCAUCCUUACCUGUACACCUCAUCUUCAGCCUUCUGAUCUCAUCGAUCGUUUCAUCACAAACAAUCAAUCUCUCGAUCAAAGAUGACUUCCUCCGGUGGUGGCCGCUUCAUGGCCUACUCUCCUUCACCUUCAGCUCCUCACUCUCCUCAUAUCCCCUCUCUCCGCUCGGCCGCCGCCGCCGCCGCUUCCGCCGCUCUCCUCGAUCAAGAAAAAUAUCUCAACGAACUUCUAGCUGAGCGUCACAAGCUGAACCCAUUCUUGCCUGUACUCCCACAUACCUAUCGGUUGUUGAGCCAGGAAAUUAUGCGUGUAACCACACUGUUGGGGAAUGCAUCAGUUUUAGGUCAAAGUGGGCUUGAACAUGCUAGCCCCCUCGCCUCUGGAGGAAUAUUUUCAAAUGGAGGAGCCGAUAUGAACGGAUUGGCAUCACGGUUUCAAUCAGAAAUUUCCAGUUUAGUGCAGCCCACAUCAGCACAAAAUUGGCUUAGUUCACAAGGUAGCUCAUCAGGUCUUAUUGUUAAGAGGACAAUCAGAGUGGAUAUUCCAGUUGACCAAUUUCCUAGUUACAACUUUGUUGGACGCCUCCUUGGUCCUAGGGGCAACUCUCUUAAGCGAGUGGAAGCCAGUACAGAAUGCCGUGUUCUGAUCAGAGGGCGUGGUAGUAUUAAGGAUCCAGCAAGGGUAUGGGAAGAAAUGAUGAGAGGAAAACCUGGUUAUGAGCAUCUGAAUGAACCUCUUCAUAUCCUGGUUGAGGCAGAACUACCAGUCGAAAUAGUUGAUGCUCGCCUAAUGCAAGCACGUGAGAUACUAGAAGACUUGCUGAAGCCUGUGGACGAAACCCAUGAUUUCUAUAAGAAACAACAACUGAGAGAGCUAGCAAUGCUCAAUGGUACACUUCGUGAGGAAGGUUCUCCCAUGUCGGGUUCGGUGUCUCCCUUCCACAACAGCCUCGGCAUGAAGAGAGCUAAGACUAGGGGGUAAUGGUUCUCAAUCAAUGGGCUUUUGGAGCUUCCACAUUAGUGUCUGCUAGUAAACAGCAGUUCCCACAUCACAGUUGUUGCUGUGUCAGACAAUCCCUCCAACUGCCAUCGGGGCACUGGCGCUAUAUAUAUAUAUAUAUAUAUAUACUGUGCUAGUUCUAACUUAUUUCUCUAUGAAGUGUGUUUAUCCUCUGUCCGGAGGUGGUUUAGUGACAGUCAGUAAUGUGUAGUAAGAGAUGAGUUCUGGGGGUUUGCAUUUAUAUGUUGGUUGAGGCAAUCGGUGAGAGCAUUAUCUCGCUGAUGCCAUUCCUGUAUUAUUAUUAGGCCAUAUUAUUUAUAAGCUUGUAAUGACAGUUUUGAUGCGUUGAUGUGAGGGGUUAAGGUAUCUCGUUUCUACACAAAAUGUGAAGCGAGCAAGCGGUGGUAGUUUGGGUUGAGUGUUAUGUAGUAGGUAGUUUAGAUGGUAUUUAGAUUUGUUAAUGGCAGUCUCUGCCAUCUCUAUUGUGAAUGCAUUUGCUCUAUUCCCCUUCUUCCUAUCAUUCAA